UACUCAUUUAGAUAUUUACGGUCGGUGGCGUAGCAAGCAAAGUCGGAUAAAUUAUACGAAAGAAGAAAGAGUUAAUGUGUGUUAAGCAAAAAACAAGAGCAAAAAGUAAAGAAAAUUGUUGCUAGUUUUUUUCUAUUGUUACCAUUGUUUCAAAUCCACAAAUAAAUGAAAUGCCAAAUCUAUUUUGCAACAAAGUGUGGCUAGCAACGACAACAACAUCAACCAGAAAGCAAUAAAGAAAUCAAAGUUUUUUUAUUUUAAACAAAAAAAUCUAAAGUGCAAUUAAGAAAACCCAAAGAAGUUACUGCAAUCUAAUUUCAACGAAGAAAAAAUCGAAAAAAAAAUUUCGCAUACCUUUGCACUGAGACGACAACUGCGACGACGAACGAGAGAAGUUCCAUCAAAAGCCGAAGUCAGUAACAACGGUGCGCGCCGUUGCGCAGGCCAAGUUAGCGAACCCAGGUUGUUAUUUGGCAAACUGUGUGUCUCUUUGUGUAUGAGUGUGUGUGCGUGCGUGUGAGAGCGCGAGUGGCUGUGCGUAAUUUAUUUGAUAUUUCUUCGGAUCGGUGGUUUGUUGUGUUGUGUGCGAAACAAGGAUAGAAAGUGUGUGAGUGACUAGAAGUUGAACAAAACAAAAGAGCAGCAACAAAACAAAGAUCGGAAUUCAAAUGUGAGAUUCGAAUAAAACAACAACAUCAACCAAGAAGAAGACGGCGACGAUGCAACUUGUUUGAAGUAAAGAAAAAUUAAGAAAAAAACAUAGAAGGAAAUACCGAAAGAGGAAAUUGAAAAAAGAGUUAAGAAAUAAAAUUAAUAAUUUAAAAGUGUAAAUUAAAAGUUGUACAAGUGUUCAAUCUUAUAAAAAGUGUUAAUACUUCAAGAGUGAAAAAUAUUGACCACCUCUCAUCGUCUCUUUAUAAAAAGUAUCUCCUCUCUACCACCAUCAACAUUCCAUAUUAAUAAUCAACCAACCCAAGCAACCGAGACUCAUAACAAAGGCGACCGACCGGACCAGACAACAACCACGAGAUUUUAUAGAUCACACAAAAACAACAUCAAUUCACAAUUCAGGUAUGUCAGGACAUUUCUUAGACAUAAAAAUGGAUUUCUUUGAAAUAUAACCCCACCUAUUCUAUUACUAACCCGUCAGUCAGUCCAUCGGAGAUUUAGUCUGGCCGUCUCGAUGCCGCUGCAUAAAAGCCCAUGCAAAGGAACAGCAUUAAUGUAUUUCGUCCAGCAAAUAUAACACCAUCCUCAAAAACAAAAUAAAAAAACUAUAAAAUAUCAAAAACAUUAGGAAACAUAAACAGUCGCCGCCAAGAAAAGAAUAUCUCAAGGAGACAGAAGAACGAGAGGGCGUGCUGAGCCAGCAAAAAGGCAACAAAUUCCAUUUAGCUUUUCAUCCCCAGGGAAUGUCUCAUGAUACAAACAAGAAAAUGUUGGAUCGCGAAGCUGUACGUUCUGUCAUACAACAAUGGAAUGCAAAUCGUUUGGACUUGUUUGCCCUAUCCGAACCAGAUGAGAAUCUACUCUUCCAUGGUGUGAUGCGUUUUUACUUUCAAGAUGCCGGUCAAAAGGUUGCCACCAAAUGCAUACGUGUUGCAUCAGAUGCCACCGUUAUAGAUGUUAUAGAUACCCUUAUUGAAAAAUUCCGUCCUGACAUGCGUAUGCUGUCUGUACCUAAUUAUGCUCUGUACGAAGUACAUGCCAAUGGUGAGGAGAGGCGACUAAAUCCCGAUGAGAAGCCACUUUUAGUGCAACUAAACUGGCAUAUCGAUGAUCGGGAGGGAAGAUUUUUACUCAAGAAUAUUGAUCAAAAGACCACACCAAUUGAACAGAACGACAUCAAUUUCAAGAGAAAACUCUCCAAACGUGAGAAGAAAGAACAAAAGAAAAAGGAGAAAUUGGCCAAACUAAAUACAGAUGGCAGUAAUACCACAACAAAUAGUCAAACAAAUGGUCUCAACGGGUCUCAUGGCACCGAUGCAGGUGAAACACAAGUUGCCGGCAAACUGUAUACCGAAUUGCCGGAAACAUCGUUUACACGUUCCAUAUCAAAUCCUGAAGCGGUUAUGCGUCGCAGACGUCAACAGAAGUUGGAAAAGAAACUGCAACAAUUUCGUUCAAGAGAUGGUGGACCCGAUACGGGCGGAACAUUAAAGAUAUAUGGUGAAAGUUUGUGUCAAGAUGUGCCUUAUAAAACUCUCCUACUGUCGAUACGCGAUUGUGCUCAAGCUGUUGUCCGUGAGAUGUUGACAAAAUACGGACUGGAUAAGGCGGAUCCGUUGCAUUAUUGUUUAGUACAGGUCAACAGCGAUGGCUCGGAAUACAUACUCGAUGAUGAUGAAUGCCCCUUGUCGAUACUAAUGAAUCAUCCAACAUCUAGAGGUUCCAUAAUGUUCCAUGUAAGAAGACGUCCGGCAGAUUCCCAGCCACGAAGACGUAAGAAGAAACCCUUGGGUGCUGCCAAUGGCGCCAAUAAUAUAUCGCAAGAUCGUGAGGGACCAAUGCUUGUGGAAGUUACCCACAGCGGAGAUGGAGGUCGACGUAUUAAGCUGGGAAGUGAUCCCAUUGAGGUCGGUUCAGCCAAUACAAAUUGCCUGCAGCUAUUCGGCCCCUCAAUUCAGGCACGUCACUGUCUCAUAUCAUUGGUGGAGGGAGUCUGUACUGUAACACCACUACACGCCGAUGCUUUGACAUUUGUGAAUGGACAUCACAUAUCACAGCCGACAAUAUUACAUAACGGUUCCGUGGUAAUGUUUGGUCGCGUGGCCUCAUAUCGUUUUGUGGACUCACCCACUGAUGGCCGCUACAAUUUGGCCUUGUCACAGUCGCAAUUGGAUUCGGCCUGUCUCUAUGAAAGCCGGUCACCAGCAUCACCAGGAUCGUGGAAUGAUGAGGAUGGAGCUUUAAGUUCGACUCACAAAAGUGAUUAUGAUGCACAUAAUCCCAAUGCCGGAGGCGGCAAUGGCGAUCACACAGAGAUUGAUGGCAAACUACGAACAUCCGCCAAUGGUAGUUCGGAUAAUACAAAUCCCAGUGGCAAUGGAAAUUUUUCCGGGGGUGGAGGUGGUGGCGGAGGUGACACCCAAAGUUUAGAAGGUAAUCUGGAAAAUGAAACAAAAUCAAUAUCCAGUUUAAAAUCCGGUGGUUCCAAUAGUCAAGAAAGAUCUCCCAAAAUGCCUUUGUCAUCAACAUCAGCUGCUGCCCACAUUGAGCCCCAAGGCCAGGAGCCAAUAUUACCGGCCGUCCUAGAAUUUCCUGAAACACAUCAGGAGCUUUUUCUAAGACACAUCAUUACCGAAUUGGAUGUUAAUGCCCCGCAUUUCAAAUUAGCACCCGUUUAUUCUUUGUAUUUAUGUGCCAGAUAUCGUGCUUCAACACACUACCGUCCAGAGCUCCAGCCGACAGAACGUGCCCAUAAAUUAACAAUAUUUUUACAUCAUGUCGCCAAUCUUAUAUACAACGUUGUACAAGAGCAAUACACCGAUCCACGUAUACUCGCCUUUUGGAUGGCAAACUCCUCGGAAUUCUUGCAUUUUCUCAAAUCGGAUCGUCACAUAAGUGCAUUUUCGGUCCAAGCACAAGAAGUGCUGGCCGAAAGUGUACAGACAGCGUUUCGUAAUUUGGUAAACUGUUUUAGAGUUGAGCUAUCGCAGACCCUAAAUCAAUUUCUAUCGGAGACAAUAGAUCAUGACUCGGCAGCCGGUUUGGUAUUGACCGUUUUAGGUUCUGCCAUGGCUCUGCUGAGAAGAUGCCGUGUAAAUGCUGCCCUGACAAUACAAUUGUUUUCGCAACUGUUUCAUUACAUCAAUGUGAUAUGUUUCAAUACGAUUGUGGCCAAUUCCCAUAUGUGCACUGGCGAAUGGGGCAAGGUGAUGACCGAACGUUUGCAGCUACUUGAAUUGUGGGCUGAACGUCAGGGCUUAGAAUUGGCUGCCGAUUGUCAUUUGGCCAAAAUCAAUCAGUGUGCCCAAUUCCUACAAGCCCCCAAAACCUCUGUAGAGGAAAUCCAACAAUUGGCCUGCUCUUGUUUCCGUUUGAAUUCUUUGCAAAUGGCCGCUUUAUUACAACAAGAGAAAAUUCCACGAAAUUUGGUCGAUACAGCCAUACGUAUGGCUGAAUCUGUAGCCGAUGAAUUGACACGAGCCGAUGGCCGGGAGGUUCGCUUAGAAGAAUCGCCAGAAUUGCAUUUGGCAUUGCUAUUGCCAGACGAUGGUUUUAGCUGUGAUGUGGUGCGUGGUAUACCCUCAGGUCUGGUGGAUUUUUUAAAUCCACUUCAGCAACAGGCCAUGUGUCGAUUGGCUGCGCAACCCACCUCCAUCGGCCUGUGGACGGUGUAUAUGCAUCAAUUUAAUGCCCGUUCCUCAAGCGCCAUGUCCAACAAACUUCCUCAACCCGAGGUACAAGUUAUUAAACUACAUAAAAACUCCAAUGGCAUGGGCCUAUCGAUUGUUGCAGCCAAAGGUGCAGGGCAAGAUCGUUUGGGUAUUUAUAUAAAGAGUGUUGUUCCCGGUGGAGCUGCCGAUGCUGAUGGCCGUCUGCAGGCUGGAGAUCAGCUGCUACGAGUAGAUGGCCAAAGCCUAAUAGGAAUUACCCAAGAAAGAGCUGCCGAUUAUUUGGUACGUACUGGACCCGUUGUCACAUUGGAUGUUGCCAAACAAGGAGCUAUUUAUCAUGGUUUAGCAACGCUUUUACAACAACCCAGUCCGGUUAUCCAAAGGGGUAAUCGUCGCAUGUCUGAACGUGAUCUAACACGUAUGGGUGCGGAUGGUAAAAAUGCUGGUGGUCCUCUCAUAGCAAAUAAUCAUUUAGCCAAUAGUAAAUCGGUGCCAGCAUUACAUCAUCACAUGGGCAGUGGUACAAUUUCCAUGGCAAAUUCCAAAUCACGCAGUACCCACAGUUUGGCCAAUCCUGCAACAAAUUUGAACAACACUUUAAAUAACAACAACACCAAUAAUAACAACGAACAAGGCUUCUAUCAAAAUUUGAGCGUUUAUCGCAAUCAAAACCAAAAUCAAUCACAACCAAUUUUGAGUGAAAGACCCCCCAUGCCAUCACAUUCCGCAAUGAACGCAUACAAUGGAAAUUCCCAACAAAACACACAAAAUCCAAUACUCUCGCCAACAAAUGGUACGGGCCCAACUGGAAAUCAACAUCCAAACCAUCCCUACCAACAGCAGCAACAACAACAGCAUCCAAAUUCUCAACAUCCCAUGAUAACAUCUCCACAUACAUCUAAUAUGCUACCCAGUCGUCCGCAAUCGGCUUACUAUCAGCAGCAGCAACAACAGCCAUCACAACAUCAACAUUUGUCGCAACAGCAACAAUUUGCCCAGCAUGGCCACAACUUCAGUGCUAGUACCACCAACUUGUCAACUAUGCAACAUCAAACACAGCAGCAGCAACAACAACAACAUUCACAACAUCCCAUGCAUCAUAUGACGGCCCAGCAGCAACAACUGUAUCGUGAACAACAGCAACAACAAAGCAUGACAUUGGGCAACCGUUCGAAGAGCACUCAGAAUUUCCAACGUGACAUGCAAGCACAGCAAAGCCUUCGUAUGCAACAAAUGAUGGCCCCGUCUAUGCCCAAUAUUAGCAAUAUGUACCAACAACAACAGCAGCAUCAACAACAGCAACAGUCCCACCCUGGCCAACACAAUAUGUCCAUGGCGGCCAGUCAAAGUAUGCAAAAUGUGUCGUCCAUGGGCGAUGCACUUGAUCAAAAUAAUGGUGGUUAUUUGUCGCAGGCACAACAUUCGCCAGCCGGCGGAGCUCAAACGCUUCGGAGAAAUAUGCGGCCUGACUACAUGGAUGGCGGAGCUCAACAUUCACCGAAUAUGACACAAAUGCAACAACAACAGCAACAAGGCAACUUCAUGACAUUACCUCCCAAGCCAGGUCAGCAGCAACAGCAACAGUUAACUCCUCCAAAACAACAACAGCCGCCAACAGCGCCAAAACCACAACAAAAUCGUUUAUCAGGCACACAACAGCAAUUUCCGCCUCAGUCUUAUUUGGGCCAAACAUUGUAUUCUCAACAACAACAGCAGCAACAACAACAGCCACAGAGCGCAGAGGAAAAACCACCGCUACCACCAACCACCACACAUCCCCUUUACAAGGCCACCCAACAAAUAACACCAGGCAUGAACUACAUUGCCAGCACAUUGGAUCCACCCAAAGGUGGUUAUGUACCAGUUUCCGCUUCGGCUUUGCAACAAAACAAAAACCUGCUGGGCACAAAUCCCUGGGAACGUGAGGAGCGCGAAAAGGAAGUUGAAAUGCGUCGAGAACACAUACGUCAAUGGCGUGAACAACAAAUCAAUGAACUGUCAUCGAUUGCCCAACGAACACCCCAACAGGACGAACAGCUCAAGACACUCAUACUCGAAAGGGACUUUGAACGACGGGCCCAAGAGAUGGAAGAGCAUGAGGACGAAAGUGAACCGUCCUAUGAAAAAGAAAAUGUCCAAGAAGUUUUCCGUUUGAAUCACCAACAAAAUGUCAUUCAAACGCCAGUGACCAAUUUCCGACAAACUGAAGUUAAAAUCGCCUCUGUUGUGGCCGAUCAACGUAGCAAUAAUUCCAACGAAACAUCACCCAUGUCAUCUGCACGUAACUCGGCAGCUGAGCCCAUACAACCACCUCCCAUCCCAGUUAAUCCACCGCCCAGUACAAUACCCACAACAAUUGUGACAGGCACCACCACUGUCCAGCCAAAAUCUAUUUUGAAAAACAAUCGUUACGACGGUUCCAGCACAGCACCUUCUUCGCCCUCGAAAUCACAAAAAUCUGCAUCCUUUGCCGAUGAAAAACAUCUACAAACAGAACAUCCCAUCUCGUCGCUGGUCCGUGAUAUAUCCCACAUGUCCAUCACAAACACAAACUCCUCAACGUCAGCGUCGACCACAACGACAACAUCAACAUCGUCUACUUCAUAUGACAACAAUAUGAAUAUGGAGAAUACAUCGGGUGCACCUCCACCGCCACCACCAGAACGUAAUAGUUCAUACUUGAUUAUGUCACAACAAAAACAACGUAGCUCCUCGAUUGGUCUCCUAAAGACAGCCACCAUCAAUUCAGCGGAUAUGCAAAAGAAAUCAUCGGCUGCAAGCAUUUUGCUGAACAACAAUAACAACAACAUACAAAAUAAUUUAAUUUCCUCCCAACAAUCGUCGCCAUCCUCGUCCACAAUGGAUAUGUAUAGUGCAACAUCGUCGUCGAGUCCAUCGUCGAUAUUGAUGCGUGACAAUAAACGUGUAUCGUUCCAUGAUGAAGAGAAUAACUAUGUUGUUGGUGGUUCCGUAUCGUCAUACCAUCAAAUGGAAUACAAUAACAAUAGUGCUAUGGAUAUGAUGACGGGUAACAAUGGAGCCGCUUCGGAUUUGAAUACCAUUCGCGAGGAUAGUGGUUUUCUACCGCAAAAUGUCGAUACAUCCAUGUUGCCAUCAAUGCCAGCCACUCCAGACACUGCUGCUUGGAAUACAACAGUUCAAUCAACUCCCGGCGUAAUUGGGGCUCAAGAAGUAUAUAGAGAUCCACGUACACGCCGUUUGGCAGAAAAACAACAACAGCAGCAACAACGCAAUACCGAGGCAGUACCCGAAAAACUCUCCUUCAAAGAAAAAAUGAAAAUGUUUGCAUUGGAAUCGGGUGAAGAUAAUACACCAAAAGAUAAACUUAAAAUAUCUAGGGCACAAAGAGACAUUGAUGCAGUGCAUUGAAGUGACAAUUAAACAAAGGAGAUGGAGAUGUAUGUAGUUAUGGGAUAGAAGUGGCCAAGAUUUUUAAAACAAAAUUUCAACUCAUAUCCAUUAAAACAAUUCGAAUGUUUUGAACAAACAAAAAAGCACACACAAAUUAUUGAAUUUAAAACAAGAAAAGAUUAAAAAAUCCAUUAAUACAACCCCCCUAUUAACGAAUUUGCUUAAAAAGGCAAUAAUGAUAAUAAUUACUAUUAUUAUGAAUUAUUUUAUUUCCAUUCUAUUUUUUUAAUUAUUAUUUUAUCUUAACUAUUAUUUUUUAAUAAAAGCCCCCGAUUUUAGCUUUAAGGCUUUAAAAGAGAAAAAAAUGUAUAAACAAAAUAAAACAAACAUAAGUCUACCUUAAAGAAAUCUUAUCAUUAUUAAUACUUUAUAAUUAUGUAUAAUUAAAUCUAUAACAGAAUUAUUAGCAAUGUAACAAAAAAAAAUACAAAAAAUAGUUCACUUUCACACCAUUCUUUAUGAAUUAUAAAAUACACACACAUUUUUCUUCUUCGUUUCUUCUGUUCUUUUAAGUUUUAUUAAAUAAUAAUAUAUACAUAUUUUUGUUCAAGCGAGUGAAAACAGAAACAAAACAAAAACAACACAACAUUAUAGACUAUAAGAUUUAUGCAUAAAUUUGUAAAUCAUUGAUAUUUCUUUAAAUAAAAAAAGAAUUAUAUUUAUGUAAAAAUAUAAAACAAAAAAACAAAA